GCAGGGUGUUCCCUCUUGCUUCUGCCUAUGUGUUAAGUGGCAGGAGAAAUUUUGAAAGCUGCUAUGAGGAGGAGCUAGUGACUAGGUUUGGGGUGUUUUGUACCUUACUCUCCCCACUUGUAGGAAAACCUCUUUACAUUCAGAGGUCAUUGGCUUGGAAGGAGGAAGACUGACCAGAGGACAGGGGGAAAACAAUUCUCCUGCGGCUCCUCCUGACAUCUAUCACUUGCCUCCUGUCUCUCUUCCAACGCCAGCUUAGCACUGUCAAGGUGGCUGCAGAACAUCUUGACAAGUGCCAGCAUCUGCUUAGCUGUCCUGUGCAUCUCAGGCUACUCCAUUGUCUGGUCACCGUCCCUGGCCAUUGGGACCACUUCUGAUGGCUGUGGCCUCCGCUGCCCCAGGGAGCAUCUUCUGUAAGCAGCUCCUUUUCUCUCUUCUGGUUCUGAUAUUAUUUUGUGAUGCUUGUCAGAAAAUUUCUCUUCAAGUUCCUUCUCAUCUUCAGGCUGAAACAUUUGUAGGCAAAGUGAAUCUGGAGGAGUGUCUCAAGUCGUCUAGCCAAAUCCUGUCCAGCGACCCUGCCUUUAGAAUUCUGGAAGAUGGCUCAAUAUACACAACACAUGACCUCCUUUUGUCUUCUGAAGGGAAGACAUUUUCCAUUUUACUCUCAGACAGUCAGAAGCAGGAACAAAAGGAGAUAGAAGUCGUACUGUUGGCAAGAGAAGAAAAGGUAUCUAAGAAAAGACAUACCAAAGACAGAGUUCUCAAGCGCAGUAAGAGGAGAUGGGCUCCUAUUCCUUGUUCGCUGAUGGAGAACUCAUUAGGUCCAUUUCCACAACACGUUCAGCAGAUCCAAUCUGAUGCUGCCCAGAAUUACACCAUCUUUUACUCCAUAAGUGGACCAGGAGUGGACAAAGAGCCCUUCAAUUUGUUCUACAUAGAGAAAGAUACUGGGGAUAUCUAUUGUACUCGAAGCAUUGACCGUGAGCAGUAUGAUCAGUUUUUGGUAUAUGGCUAUGCAACAACUGCAGAUGGCUAUGCACCAGAUUAUCCGCUCCCCUUGUUAUUCAAAGUUGAAGAUGAUAAUGAUAAUGCCCCAUAUUUUGAAACCAAAAUGACAGUUUUUAGCGUGCCUGAAAAUUGCCGAUCUGGAACUUCAGUGGGACAAGUGACUGCCAUAGACAAUGAUGAACCUGGAACCCUUCAUACUCGUCUGAAAUUCAAAAUUCUACAACAAAUCCCUGAUCAUCCAAAGCAUUUCUCCAUACAUCCAGAUACAGGUGUCAUCACUACAACUACACCUCUGCUGGAUAGAGAGAAAUGUGAUACUUACAAGUUAGUAAUGGAAGUGCGAGACAUGGGAGGUCAACCUUUUGGUUUAUUUAAUACAGGAACAAUUACCAUUUCACUUGAGGAUCAAAAUGACAAUCCACCAUAUUUCACGGAAACUUCUUAUUUUACAGAAGUAGAAGAAAAUAGAAUCGACGUGGUGGUUUUACGGAUGAAAGUACAUGACCUAGAUUUGGCCAACACGCCUCACUCAAAGGCUGUGUACACAAUCCUACAGGGAAACGAGAAUGGAAACUUCAAAAUUAGCACAGAUCCAAAUACAAAUGAGGGAAUCUUGUGUGUUGUCAAGCCAUUGAACUAUGAACUCAAUCGCCAAGUGGUUUUGCAAAUCGGUGUACUUAAUGAAGCAGAAUUCACUAAAGCGGCAAACUCGCAAACUCCUCCCUCAAUGUGUACUACCACUGUGACUGUGAAAAUCAAAGACAGUGAUGAGGGCCCUGAAUGCGAGCCACCAGUGAAAAUUAUACAGAGUAAAGAUGGCCUUCCAGCUGGUAAGGAACUCCUUGGAUACAAAGCACUGGACCCAGAAACACGCAGUGGUGAAGGCUUAAGGUAUCAGAAGUUGGGAGAUGAAGAUAACUGGUUUGAAAUCAAUGAAAACACUGGAGAUUUGAGGACUGUGAAAGUCCUAGAUAGAGAAUCGAAAUUUGUAAAAAACAAUCAGUACAAUGUUUCAGUGGUGGCAAGAGAUGCAGUUGGCCGAUCUUGCACUGGAACACUCGUAGUUCUUUUGGAAGAUUUUAAUGAUCAUCCACCAAAAAUUGAAAAAGAUGUGACAAUUUGUAAGCAUGAUAAAGAUUAUGCUCUUCUGGAACCGCAAGAUGACGAUGGGCCUGAUAAUGGUCCACCUUUUCAAUUCUUUCUGGAUAAUUCUGCCAACAAACUUUGGACUAUAGAAUCAAAGAAUGGUAAACAAGGUGUUCUUCGUGCAAAGCAAAAUCUUGAUUACAACUAUUAUUCUGUGCCUAUCCAAAUCCAAGACAGACAUGGUUUGUCUGCAAAACAUGUGUUGUCAGUGAGAAUAUGUGACUGCACAACUCCAUCUGACUGUAGAAUGGCUGUUAAAGAUGAGAGAGAUAUUAAACCAGGAAAUGUUAUACUUGGAAAAUGGGCUAUUCUUGCCAUGGUGUUGGGUUCUGCAUUAUUAUUGUGUAUUAUGUUUGCAUGUUUCUGUGUUACUACCAAGAGGACAGUAAAGAAAUGUUUUCCAGAAGAUGUAGCACAGCAAAAUUUAAUUGUAUCAAAUACUGAAGGACCUGGAGAAGAAGUGACGGAAGCGAAUAUUAGGAUCCCCACACAGACAUCCAACAUUUGUGACACAAGCAUGUCUGUUGGUACUCUUGGUGGCCAGGGAAUCAAAACACAGCAAAGUUUUGAGAUGGUCAAAGGAGGCUACACUUUGGAUUCCAACAAAGGCCAUCACACCUUGGAGUCCAGCAAGGGAGUAGGGCAGGGAGGUGUAGACACCGGCAGAUAUGCGUACACGGACUGGCAGAGUUUCACCCAACCUCGUCUUGGCGAAAAGGUGUACCUGUGCGGACAAGAUGAGGAACACAAACAUUCUGAAGAUUACGUUCGUUCUUACAAUUAUGAAGGCAAAGGCUCUAUGGCCGGCUCGGUAGGGUGCUGCAGCGAUCGGCUGGAAGAAGAAGGGCUGGAGUUUCUAGAUCACCUGGAACCCAAAUUUAGGACAUUGGCAAAGACGUGUGUACAGAAAUAAAUGUUGUUGUUUUUUUAUGGAGUAACAUCUACUGAUACAUUUGUAAGAGUUUAUUGAAUGUAAACUGAUAGCAGCAUCUGCUAAUUAUUUUGUUUAUUGGAGACAAACUUCAAGUCUCAUAGACAAGGGUACUGUAACUAUGAGGCUCCCCUAAAUUCUCCUUGUCUGAUAGAAUUUUUAUAUUCUCUAGACAUAAAGUUUUCAUUGUUUAUUUUCUUUCACAUGCAUGUAUAUACGGCCCCUUUGGGACUGCACGGUGUGCAUUCUGGCAUCUUCCAUGGUAUUUGAAAACUUAGGCUACUUUGUGUGCUAUGAAAGACUAUGUGGGAAAGUUGGGUAUUGUGGAGGCUAAUCAGAAAUGACUUUUUUUUUUUUUUAGCUGUACAAAUUAAAUACUUUCUUUAACAUCUUGGGGAGAAUUAUGUUUUUAUAAAUAUUUUCUCUAGUGCCAGAGAAUUGCUUUCUUUCUACCUGACUGGUUUAAGAAGGAUUUUAAAAUGUUCUCAGGUGCAGCCUUCUGUUGGGUAUAAAAGCUCCUUUCUCCAUACUUUCCACCCCUCAGAGGUGGUGUUUCUAGCACUGCUUCUUUGGGAGCCUUCAGGACUUAGGGUUUGGAUCUAGUUCAUACUGAGGUGUCAUAAGGUUCCUACAGAUUCUAGGAUUGUUGGAAAGACAUAGAACAGGACAACUCACAGCAACUUGAGUUGCAGAGAUUUGCCAAGGAGGAUAGGAGAGGAUUUCUAUGAAAGACUGUCUAACCUAAUGCCCAUGGGUUGACUUCAACUCAUAAAUAUGUUCCAUUUGUCCCCAGAUAGACUCUUGGCUUAAAAAAAAACCUGUACGAAUGCCUUGGCAAGAACACUUGUGAUGUAGUUUGACAC